CUCUCUGCUACGGCACGGUCCCAUCCAUCUUGGGGGGUGGCAGAGUAUCCUGUUUGGCCGGGAAUUGUUAGAGGUGGGACUCCGAUGGCAGAUUGGUGAUGGUCAAACGACUCUUCUACUUCAAUCCAAUUGGAUUCCUCAGUUGCAUCCCUCUAAACCGGUGUAUAACCCUCAAGGUUUUGCCAGAAGGGAUGGAGCUCCGGGUUUCUGAGGUUUUAUGCUCGGGGGAAGGACGGUGGUGUGAUUCGAAGCUCAGUCAGUGGUUUGACCCAUCAACUUGCCGGACGAUUAAAACUAUCCCUCUUCCCCGCGAACAUGUGUCGGAUAGGCUUAUCUGGAAUGACACGGAGGACGAUAAGUUUACGGUCAAAUAUGCUUACCAUCUUGCGGUCCGGUUGGAUAAACAGAGUGGUAAGUGGCGUUCCAUGGUUAGUUGGAUGGAUAAGGCCAGCUGGAUUCGUCUGUGGGAGGCUAAUGUACCCCCUAAGCUGAAGGUGUUCUUGUGGCAAAUCUUCAACAGGAUCCUACCAACUACGAAAGCCUUAAUUGUGAGGGGGAUUGAGGUACACCCUCGUUGUUCGGUAUGUUGGGCAGAGACGGAGACAUUGGAGCAUUUGUUUCUCGAUUGCCUUGUGGCUCGUGCUCUCUGGGAUCAUUCGGGUCUGGAAUACCUAGGUCAGGGGUUGCCUCGCCAAACCUUUCCUCUGUUCCUGAAAAGGCUAGUUGCUCUCAUUCACCAGCCUGAUUUGCUUGUGGCUCUGGCUGCUGUCCUCUGGAGAAUUGGGCGGUCUCGUAAUUGGGUGGUCUUUGAUGGAAAACAGUUUGGGAUCCCUGCCUUGAUGCGGCAAUUCCACCAACAGUAUGAGGAAUGGACCAGUCUCGCGAGGGAGCAAGUAGUGUCUUCGGCUCUUCCAUCGCUAUAGCUUAAUGUCCCGAUGGGGGCUUCGGGAUUUGUAUGCUGUUGGGAUGGGGCUACACGGAGUGGAUCUCAUUCGGCGGGGGGCCUGGUUCUUAUGACCCCAACUAAGGAGGUCCUUUUGGCAAGAGGGGUUCAGUUUUCUGAUAUGGAUGACCCUAUGGUCGUGGAGUUGCUAACCCUCCGUGAGGCUAUUUGCUGGUGUCUAGGACGUGGAUUCACUAAGGUUAGGUUCGAGGGUGAUGCCAAAGUUGUUAUUGAUAAAAUCAUUCGGCGGCAGACUGGUGACAAUAGGGUGGGAGCUAUUCUGGAAGAAAUUUUGUUGUACUUUGUUAGACAUCCAGGGUUAAGUGUGCGGUUUGUAGGUCGACGUAACAAUUGGGUGGCCCAUUUGGUGGCUAGAAAGGCCAUUUCUUUGUCCCCGACUAUAAGCCGUGUUUUUUAUUUCCAGACCUGGCUGGGUUCCAGGAUGUAACCAUCUUUUUGUUGGAUCAAUAUAUGAUUAUCUUUUGUAAAAAAAAAAAAGGUAAUAUUAUAGCGAUCGAAUGAUGUAUUUAUAAGAUGGAUCGUUUCUUUAACACAGCAAAACGAAAAAUAAUACACCAAUCGACUAGUUGUUUUUUUCCUGGUUGACCUUUUUUCCACAUCACUUAAAAACAUAUCCCUAAAAAAGUUGCAAACAAAGACUAUAUAUUAGGGCUGGGAAAAUAGACCAGACCGUUAGAAAAACCGUGGUCCAAACUGUACCGCACAGUUUGGUCCGGACCGUAGACUGUGAAUUAUGGUCUGGUCUGGUCCAUUGUCUGUAUUAUUUUAUGAUUUGGUCUCUUGGUCUGGUCUGGUCUAGACCGUGGUUUACCGGACCAAACCGUAGACCGAACUGACUUGUCAAUACGUGUUAACAGCCCAUUCGACCACUCUCGAAACUCCCACAACGACACCCAAGUCUCAACCUUAAUUUUGUAAAUCUCUUCCCUCCUUCAUUCACAACCACAUUUAACCACAGAGUAGAGAUAAUCGUGUCUCCAUAUGACAUUAUGUUAAUGUUUAUGACAUUAUGGUGCAAAUUUGGAUACUUUUACUUUGUAUCUUUGUUAUGUAAUAAGAUCUAGAGUAUCAAAAUUAUUCAUAUAUGUUAGGAUUAAUGUUUUAAGGCAAAUAACAAUUAUUUUUGUUGGUUAUUGGUUCAAUUUUCUGUGUGGUUGACUUUAGGUCACCCAAUUCGCUGGGUGGGCCUCCACGAUCCCGCUCCAGCGCGUGGAAAUCGCGAAUCGUCGCCAAUCCGGGAUUAAUUCGCGAACUAUUUUUAUGGGAGCGCGAAUUUCAAUUCUCUAGAGCACGGAUCCGGAAUAUAAGAAGAAAUAGCUUUCCCAUCUUUCUCUGCUAGCUUGAAAGCUUGAUCGGCGAGGAGGAGGAUGCAGCGGUAAUGUUUCUUGAUGAGGUCCCAGUCGUCGGUGCCGGUGGGAUCAAGCUAAAUAAUCGAGUACCAGUGGUCGGAAGAUAGGAGGACGUCGGUGAUGGCCAAAAUCUGAUCAGAGCCGUCGAGGAGGGGAUUGGUCGCCUGAGCUAGGACGGCUGGACGAGAAAUCUUUGCUCCGGCGGAAUCUCGCGACAGGAGAAGCUAGCUUCUAGGCGAUUCCGACUUCCGAGCAUGUGUUCCGCUUCGUCUCUGUUCAGACUGGGAAUUGCACAGAGACACGAUUCUCUUUUUAACAAAAAAAAAAUGGAAAAAAGAGAAGAAUCGCAUACGGUGACGUUUACAUUUUAGCUUUAGGUGAGUGAGAAACGAUGAUAGAUGUGGGAAUAUUUACUAUUUAGGAGUUUUUAUCCUUUUAUCGUUUAUAAUAUUAAUAACUAUAUGUGUUUUCUUUGGUGUAUCCGUGUAUAUAAUGGCAAAGGUCGGUUAAUUAAUAAUCUAAUUUAAUUAAUUGAAUUGGUAGUGGGGUAAAUGAAUAAGGAACAUUCUUUUAC